UAAAAUUGUGGUGAUAAAACCAAAUCUGAGUUUUAGAAAGUUGUAUAAUUAGAUUAGGAUAAAUUUUCAAAACGAGGCCGUAAGUCGAAUUGGUGUAUACCAUCAAAAACUUCCGUCGUUGCUUAUGAUUGGUUGUGGGGUAAGUGCGACAAAUCGCAAACCUGGUCACGUGUAAAAUUAGAACAGUCUGUGUCCGCUUCUAUGCAAUUUUCAGUCUGGACAGGAUAUUCCCGUGCUAGGUGUUUCCGUUCUUGAAUCGACCAAUUUCCGAUAUUGUUUGGACGCCACACGAAUUGAAUAAUUUACUUCAUUAAUUUCUCAAUAAUAUUAAAUAAACUUAUCCUUGUGAAACUAAUUAUAAGGGAAGUUUUUCCGUUAAGUCAUUACCUCAUCAACUUAUGACGUAAUAAACUGCGCUUCGAUAUCGGAAAUGGCCUCACUUGGAAGCAGUCAGCAACGGGAAAAGACAUGCUGUGAGAGCGUUGCAACAAUAUUUCAACAAAAAAACAAACAUCUGGAUCGCCUCAAAGACCAUGAUCAACUGUUCCAUUGAGAAUUCUAAAUGCCAAGAUAAAUAAAAUAUCUGGAAAUUAAAUAUUUGUCCAGAUCUCAAUUAUGCUUAAGGAUGUUUUGAAAGCAUGUCUUGCGAUGCAGUGAAAUUCGAAAAUUAUUUCAAAUCGUUUUGAGUGUCUUUCUUGAAACAAUAUUAUUGACAGCUGAUCCAUUUAAAUAAUUCCCGACACCUUGUGCAAAACAAAGAUAAACGCGUGGAAACUGUUAACUCUGACAGCAGAAAGCUUGACAGCAAAGAUUUGUGAGCAUGGCCUUUUUACGAAAUAGGCAAGGAACUGAGAAGCUCCCAACAAUAGGAUUGGAUGAAAAAGACUUCAUUCAGGCUGGCAUUCGUUAUAAUCUGGUUUUUCUUGGUUCAAUGUUAGUGCCAACUCCUACAGGACACGGCAGCAGCAGGACAGCAAAUGCCGUCGAGAAAGUCUACAAUGAAAAAUACAAAGCGUUCGGAUAUGGUUCUAGAAAAGUCUAUCUCGAAAUUUCCGUGGAUGAUUUGAAGAUAAUAGAAACCAAUGGUGGAAAUCAGACAGUCGUUGCCAAGUUCCAGACAAACAGCCUGACCUAUUUUAACACUGAUUUGAAGUACGACAAAGCCUUUGUUUUUGUUGUCUCCGACGAGAAAGACAAAAGUUACAGGGCCUAUGUUUUUCAUUGUGAAAGUAGGGCCCGCGCUAGAGAAGUAGUAAUCAAAGUCAAAGAGGCUUUUCUAACGAGACAAAAUAAAGCAGAGGAAAUGAGGCUUAGAAGUUUCUCUGCGCCCUGCAGAGAUUUGGCGAAACCGAGAGGACAGUUUGAUAGUGGCCUAGCCCGUCACAAGGAAGAUGAGUGGGGCGUUUUCAAAGGGGGUACUUCAAACGACUUUCCAAGUGACAUCGAGGAGAACCAUCUCUUAAAUGCAAGACAGAGGAGUCAAACUGAGAUUCAUAACGUGAACAACCUUUUGUUAAGUGGACUGGAAAGUCGGAGUAAAAACAAUGGUGUCCCAGAAGAGGUGACUUCCCAUCCAAAUAGUUCCACACAGGUAGGACUUGAUGAGGCUGAUGAAUUUACUGAGCUGGCAGAAAAAAGGCUAAGAAGUUUUGAUGACAAGGCUUUACCUAAUUCUGGAGAGAGCUUUCUUCUUUUGGAUACCAGGCAGACACAGCCUUCAUCUGGUUUUCUUCAAAGCCAAAAUGUCAAUUCAAAUAAACAUGAAAUGGAAAAUGAAAAUCUCUUGCAGUUCUAAAAAUAGAUUGUUAAGUUAAAGUUUAGAUCUGAAUGAUUUCAGUACUUAAAAGAUCCUGAAACCUUUAUAAGCAUGUUAUUGAUAGAAAUAUAUGGUUUAAAAGGGGCCAUCCUGAAAUAGGGCAAUUUCAUCCAUAUUUGAAUUCCAAGCCAAUAUUGCAGAUAGGGAUGUGUGUUUUUGUUUUAUAAGUUGCUACUUGACAUUUGUUUACAAAAUUGCAGUGCAGCAUCAUGUUUACCAUUUUCACCAAACUGCUGUUUAAAAGACAAAUUUUGAAUAUCUUGUUAAUUCUAAUAACAAAUACUGAAAGAUGUUUUAAUGGUAUUAUUUAAAGGAUAAUUUGCUUUUCUUAUUAGAAUUCAAUGCAGUUACCAACACAAGGUUUAUAAACCAAAAUUUUUGUAAUGACCAACACAAAACCAGGCCUUUUUGUUGCAAGUUUUUUUCAUAUUAUAUAAUUGCUUUUCAAAGGUAAAGAGUUUGAAGUAUAUUGAAGUUAUCAAAAUGUUGUUAACACACAAUACAGUGUUUUGCUAAAAUGUUCAUAUAUCUUUUGUUUCUUUUUCAUAAAGGAAAUUACUACCACACUUCUUAAAAUUAAUUUACCAUUUCAAACUUAAUUGAUCCUUUAAUAUUCCUAACAUAACCAACAACGAUUAACAUCUUUCAUUGAGUUUGGUGACCAAACUUACAGGAUGAUCACCAUCAAAAUUAAUAAAAACAUUUUUGCCAACAGCAUUUGAUCCAUCAUCAAGUCAUGACCCAGUGAAAUCAAAAGUUUUUGGCAGAAUAACUCAUUGUACUACAGAUCUUUUAAACACAUUCAAAAGAUCACAAAACAAAACAAUACUCAAUUUGGCUCAAACCCCUUGAUGUUUAAUCUACAUUUUCCAUAUCAAACCAAAACAUUUUCCCACAUUAUAUUUGCAUUCACUAUUUUAGUUAUCUUUUUUGACUUUAUAAAAUUUAUAGCAUACACAGCACUGACAUUGCAACGUUCAUUCUGGCUACAAUUCUGGCUACAAUUCUGUAAAUAUUUGUUUUAUACCAAAGGUUGAAAAUUUUCCAACUGCCAACUGUAGGUUGAAGAAUCUUUCUAAACAAUUGUGUUGUUGAAAUGGAAUGUUUUUGAUGGGGUUGACCUUCUAAAGUUGCAGAACAGCCUACCCUGCUUGGUAUACCCAAAGGAUAAUAUUGACACAAGCAUCAUAAAUGUGCAAUGAUUCUAACUGAUUCUCUGGUAAUUAAAUUCAAUUCCUUAGAUACUACACAUUCAGCAUUAGUUGUUAAAUUUGCAAAUCUGAUUUAAACAAUUUCUGUUAUAUUUUAAAAAACCUGACCUCUGGCCAUGCAAUAUGUAUUGCUAAAAAUUGCUUUGUUGCUGUAAGCUUCAGAGAAAAUGUUGAAAACAUGUGUAUAAUUUUGGUGGUUGGUUAGAUAUCAAAGGCUUUAGUUAAAUAAUAUAUUAUUUGAAAUUAUUGUAGAAAUUCAGAGCAUGAAUAGAGAACUUUUGUAACUUUCAUGUUUAAAGAUGAUUCUUGUUAUAGAAAAAUUCUACUGAAAAA